AGGGGGUAAAUGUAAUCACGUGUUUCAUAGCCGUCCAAUCGCAGCUGGGGAAGCUUUCAGAAAUAAUUACCUUGCUUGAUUGUUCUAUGGGCAGAUAAAAAAAAGUACACAUGCACUCCAUAUAAUAAUCGGAUGCAUGUAAAAGAGACGGUAACAGCGCCAUGUCGACUUCGGGUCCCAUAAGUAAUUAUUAUGUGGAUUCCUUGAUCAGCCAUGAGAGCGAGGAUGUUCUGGCGUCUCGUUUUACGGCUACUGCUCCGAUGUCCUCCGGCUCACGCCCGACGCCUCUCGUGCCGGAGUGCGUGGAUUAUCCGUCGUGCAGCUUUGCCCCGAAACCAGCAGUAUUUACUACCUCUUGGGCCCCUGGUCAUACACAGUCGUCGGUGGUUUACCACCCGUACACACACCAACCUCAUUUAGGAACGGACUCGAGGUAUGUCCGCUCGUGGCUAGAGCCUAUUCCUGGUACCGUGUCCUUUCCAGGCUAUGCAGCUAAUAGCAGGCACUAUGGGCUAAAGCCUGAAGCCUUUCAGGAUCCCCGAACUACAGACUGUUUAGCGUCAAACGGACGCACCUUUUCGGAUUACGUCUACUGUUCGGCUGUCGACAUCAAGGACAAGCAGCAGAAUGCAUCUUCUCCCGAGUCUGAGAUCGUUUCUUCCGGAAAGCACAAAGAGGAGAAAGCCGAACUGGACCCAAACAAUCCUGUGGCCAACUGGAUCCACGCGCGCUCCACAAGAAAAAAGCGAUGCCCGUAUACAAAAUACCAAACACUUGAACUCGAAAAGGAAUUUUUAUUCAAUAUGUAUCUUACAAGAGACCGGAGAUAUGAGGUGGCCCGAGUGCUGAAUCUAACGGAACGACAGGUCAAAAUCUGGUUUCAAAAUCGGCGAAUGAAGAUGAAGAAAAUGAACAAGGAAAAAAACGACAGCAAAGAAUAAAUGUGUCCACUUUGACUAAAUACAGACUGAAUGAAAGUUUCUCUUUUUGUUUUAAGUCUUAACAAUGAUUUCUUCCCUUGCAAACAGGACCAGACCAAGACACAAUAGUAGUGUUCUUACUGCGGUGUAAUUAUGAUUUAUUGUGACUGCAGUUUUACCAACCUUUGUUUUUAUUAACACUAUAAAUAAUUGCACAACUCAGACUAUUUGGAUUUAGAUUAUCUUUUAUUAUUUUACAUUCUUAAAGAAUUGCCCCCCCGGCGUAGAAGCAAGCCAAUACUUGAACUCCUCAACUUCUAAUUUUCGUAAUUUAUAAUUUUUAUCUGAAUGUUUCUCCGAUGUGUUUUAGCUAUUUGUUAAAAGUUGUAGAAAUUUGCUAUUUUGUAACAUGAGUAACAUAGUUGAAAACGUGCGUCGAUGUGAUCUUGCUGUUUUGUUGUAAUUGUGCAUUUCGACUUUAAUUUUUCAUAAAAUCGGCAAAAAAAAAAAUCCAUAUGUAUUGUAGAUGCUUAAAUAUACUCUACUACCAUCUUA